AUGGCUUCAUCUUAUAAAAUGUCUGAACAAAGCACAACUUCGGAGCACAUUUUACAGAAGACAUGUGAUCACUUGAUCCUGACUAACCGUUCUGGACUAGAGACAGAAUCAGUAGCAGAGGAAAUGAAGCAGACUGUGGAGGAACAGGGGCAUACAGUGCACUGGGCAGCUCUCCUGAUACUCGCGGUGAUAAUACCCACCAUUGGCGGGAACAUCCUUGUGAUUCUGGCUGUUGCACUGGAGAAAAGGCUGCAGUACGCUACCAACUACUUUUUAAUGUCCUUGGCGGUAGCAGAUUUGCUGGUUGGAUUGUUUGUGAUGCCGAUUGCCCUCUUGACAAUCAUGUUUGAGGCUAUAUGGCCCCUCCCACUGGCCUUGUGUCCUGCCUGGUUAUUCCUCGAUGUUCUCUUUUCGACUGCCUCCAUCAUGCAUCUCUGUGCCAUUUCCCUGGACCGCUAUAUAGCCAUCAAAAAGCCAAUUCAGGCCAAUCAGUGCAACUCCCGGGCUACUACAUUCAUCAAGAUCACAGUGGUAUGGUUAAUUUCAAUAGGUACGUGGGGAAUGCCAAAGGUACGGGCACCUCUAUUUCCAUAUGGCCAGAAUGCCAGGUCUGGCAUCGCCAUCCCAGUCCCUAUUAAAGGAAUAGAGACUGAUGUGAUUAAUGCACACAACAUCACCUGUGAGCUGACAAAGGACCGCUUUGGCAGUUUUAUGGUCUUUGGGUCGCUGGCUGCUUUCUUUGCACCUCUCGCCAUCAUGGUAGUCACUUACUUUCUCACCAUUCACACUUUACAGAAGAAAACUUACUUGGUCAAAACUAAGCCACCUCAACGCCUAACACGGUGGACUGUGCCCACAGUUUUCCUAAGGGAAGACUCAUCCUUUUCAUCACCAGAAAAGGUGGCAAUGCUGGAUGGGUCUCACAAGGAUAAAAUUCUACCUAACUCAAGUGAUGAGACACUUAUGCGAAGAAUGUCCUCAGUUGGAAAAAAAUCAGCCCAAACCAUUUCUAAUGAGCAGAGAGCCUUGAAGGCCCUUGGAGUUGUGUUUUUCCUCUUUCUGCUUAUGUGGUGCCCCUUUUUUAUUACAAAUCUAACUUUAGCUCUGUGUGAUUCCUGCAAUCAGACCACUCUCAAAACGCUCCUGGAGAUAUUUGUGUGGAUAGGCUACGUUUCCUCAGGGGUGAAUCCUCUGAUCUAUACACUCUUCAAUAAGACAUUUCGGGAAGCAUUUGGCAGGUACAUCACCUGCAAUUACCGAGCCACAAAGUCAGUAAAAGCACUUAGGAAGUGUUCCAGUACACUUUGUUUUGGGAAUUCAAUGGUAGAAAACUCUAAAUUUUUCACAAGACAUGGAAUUCGAAAUGGGAUCAACCCUGCCAUGUACCAGAGCCCAAUGAGGCUCCGGAGUUCAACCAUUCAGUCCUCACCAAUCAUCCUCCUCGAUACCCUUCUCACUGAAAACGACGGCGACAGAGAGGGAGAGCAAGUCAGCUACACAUAG